CGAGGGCUGCCGCCUGGGAGUUACACAACUUCUAGAAAAGUCUGAAAGCGCAGGGCAUUCUCCGCGAGUGAUUCACAGUGUCAGCAUCGCGGCGAGGUAUAAAUACCUGGGAGGAGACAGUGCGUCCGUGUUCCCCGUCGCUGUGAGGAGGAUCGGCAGCAGGGAGGUACCAGUUGCAUAAGUAGCCCUGGUUUCAUGAGCCACGGUGUGACGAAGAUGCAUUUGUGGUCACUUCUCGGGCUGUGGCUGCUCUACUACUCGGCGGAGUGUCUGCUUCCGCCAAGCAAGGAGGACCUGAGCCAACUGUCCCUGUCUGGGGAAAAGUACCUGGAUGAGCAGAUUGAGAAUGCUAUCACCGGGGUGAAGGAAAUGAAGACUGUGAUGGAGAGGUCUGAAGAAGAACAUAAGAAGUUCCUGAAGGCCCUGGAGACAACCAAGCAGCAGAAAGAGGAUGCCCUGAAGAAAGCCCAGCAGAUGGAAGCCACACUGAAAGAGGAGCAGGAGGUGUGCAAUGAAACCAUGCAGGCUCUGUGGGAGGAGUGCAAGCCCUGUCUGAAGAACACCUGCGUCAAGUACUACUCCAGGACCUGCAGCAGCGGCUCUGGCCUGGUGGGCCGACAGCUGGAGGAGAUGCUAAACAGGAGCUCCCCCAUUUCAAUAUGGAUCAACGGAGAAAACAUGGACUUCCUCCAGAGGGAAAGCCAGGAGCAGAGCCAACGGUUCCAGGAGCUGGAGGACCGCUACUCGGAGGUCGCCGACGGUGUUGACAGCAUAUUCUUGGACAGCAUGAAAGUAUUCGACCACAUGCGUUCCUUCCACCAGCCUCUGUUCUCUAGCCCUUUCCGAAUGCCCAGCAUUUUUGGGCGCUCUCGGUUCUACCGCUCACCCCUGUGGGACCCGGACUUCCACGGCUUCCACAACAUGUUCCAACCCAUGAUGGACAUGGCCCGCAACCUGUUUGACUCUAUGGGCCCCUACGUGGACAACGAUGCAGACUUUGAGGGUGAACCCUCUAAAGAUGGAAGCAUGAAUGAGGACGUCAUCAUCACCAAGCCUUUUGGGAACGAUCGCAUGACCUGCAGGGAGAUCCGCCGCAACUCUGCUGGCUGCAUCAAGCUGCGGGAGGAGUGUGAAAAAUGCAAAGCCAUCCAGGCUGUUGACUGUUCAGGUAAGAAGCCCUUGGAGAGCCCGUUGAAGGAGGAGCUGGAAAGCGCACUGGCUAUGGCUGAGAGGUUCACGCAGGAGUACAAUAGGAUCCUCAGGAGGUUCGAGGAGCAGAUGUUCAAUACCUCAAGUCUGCUGGACAUGUUCAACAAGCAGUUCGGCUGGGUGUCCACUCUCGCUAAUAAUACCAAGGGCAAGGAUGGAAUCUUCCAGAUACAAACGGUGAUCUCCAGGACCACAGAGGACCAUGAGAAACCGGGGGAUACCUCAGUGUCUGUCCAGCUUUUCGACACCCCACCCAUGACCUUCACUGUGCCUGGAGACAUCCCAUGGAAUGAUCCCAAAUUCUCAGAGGUGGUCGCCCAGGAGGCACUGGACCGCUACAAGCAAAACACUGUAAUUGUGAAAUAGACUCCUGGCUUCCUCUUUAUCCUAUGUCUUCAACAUAGGGUCACAAGUCUUUCACCACGAAUCCUUCAACAUAAAGAGCAUUCAGAAAUCAUAUUGCCUACUGUAACUGCUGUUUGGCUAGCACCUUACCAUCUAAUCUAGCUUUUAGCAUUUCCAGAUUUAGCACUGAGACAUUUUUGUGGAGAUGUUCUUCCUAGAAAAAUAAGCCAAUAAAGUGGUUGAGUAACACUAGAAUAGACAAGAUUCCAAAUGUUGCUAGUUCAACAAUCCUGCAGUUUAAUUCAUAUACACGUGAUCCUCUACUGUAGGCCGAGAUAAGAGCUGUGCAUUACAAAUUAAGCAGGUUGUGUUCCUGAGUAUUCCUUUUGUAUAUUUCAUACUGUACACCCAGGUGUCCUCAUGCAAACAUUAAUAAAGUGUGCAAUAUACUAAA